CGAUAACAUCUCUAACACUCACGGAAUGGUCUCGCCGCCUUGCGAACCUCCGCAGGAGCUUCUACUGAACCACAACGUCCGCUGCGGGCUCUGACCGCGCGCCGCAUUAUGGAUGGACUUUCGGGAGCAGCAAGCGUAAUAGCCGUCAUCGACAUAUCAGCCAAGGUCGCAUCGCUCUGCUUCCGGUACUCAGUCGCCGUCAGAGACGCAAAGGGGGACAUCGGACGCCUCCAACAAAAGGUGACCGAUAUUAAGAAUACCCUUGAGAAGCUCCAACAGCUUUUAGAUCAGCAGGACAAGUCGCAGCUCUCUACUACACGCGAGAUGGUAGACUCUUUAAGAGAAUGCCAUCGGCAGUUGCAAGAGCUCAAGGCGCAACUCGAGCCCGGCCGAGGCCGUAAAACGAUGCAGCGAGUUGGCUUCCGAGCCCUAAAAUGGCCCUUUACCAGCAAGCAGGUAGAGAGGAUGGUUGCUCGUCUUGCGGAGUAUGAGCACACUUUUAGCCUUGGACUUCAAGUCGAUCAAAUAGGGCUUGUUCUUAGCGUCGAUCAGAAAUUGAACCUCGUCAACAAGAAGACUGAUACGCUCCUAUCAAGAAUAACACUGCCCACUGCUAAAGGAGCUUCCUUCGAUGCCCAUAUGGAAGAACAUAAUUCAACAUGCCUCCCGAACACCCGUACCGAGCUACUACAUUACAUACAAGGAUGGGCGAAUGACAACAACGGUAAACCUAUAUUCUGGCUGAACGGCGCGGCAGGUACAGGAAAGUCUACGAUUGCUCGUACGGUUGCCCGGACGUUCGCGGAGCAACGACAACUUGGCGCCAGCUUCUUCUUCAAGAGAGGCGAGGGGGAGUGCGGCAACGCCACGCGAUUCUUCACCACAGUUGCAGCACAGCUAGCUUUUCAUGUAGCAGAGUUAGGACCAGGAGUCAAGAAGGCGAUUGACGCUGAUCCGGCCAUCUCUGAGAAGGCUCUGAAGGAUCAGUUCAAGCAGCUGAUCCUCCAGCCGCUCUUAGAAGUAGGGAAUCUUCCAGCCAUAGUACUUAUCAUUGUAAUCGACGCGUUAGAUGAAUGUGAGCAAGACAACGAUAUCCGAGUGAUCCUCCAGCUCCUUUCGCGAACGAAAGGUCUCAAACCGGUGUCACUGCGUAUCCUUGUAACAAGCCGGCCCGAGCUUCACAUCCGCCUUGGAUUCAAGCAGAUGCCUGAUGGCACAUACGAAGAUCUGAUCCUGCACGAGCACAAGGUGGCAAAGGAAACAAUCAAGCACAAUAUACGUAUUUAUCUCGAGUAUGAGCUUGCUAGGACAAGAAAAGAUCGUUCUCUUCCCCUAGAGUGGCCUGGAGAGAAGAGCAUCCAGAAGCUAGUAAAAAUGGCAGUUCCUCUAUUCAUUUUCGCCGCUACGGUCUGUCGCUUUGUAGGAGAAACUUCUGGAAAUCCCCGGAGACGUUUAGAGGACGUCCUUAAGUAUAAAACAGAAGAUGUAAGCAAGCUUAGUAUGACAUACCUCCCUAUUCUAAAGUCACUCUUUACAACUCAAGAUCGAAAGGAGAAAAGGAAGCUCUCAGGAGAGUUCCAAGAGAUAGUCGGGAGUAUCGUGGUUCUAGAGAAUCCUCUCUCUAUCAACUCACUCGCGCGCCUCAUAGGAAAGGCUAAGGAAGAUAUUAGCUGUCGACUAGACUCCCUGCACUCUGUUCUAAGCAUACCUAACCGCGACAAUGUGCCCAUACGCCUCCUGCACCUGUCUUUCCGCGAAUUCCUCGUCGAUACGUCGAAUAAGGAAAGCCCAUUCUGGGUGGAUAAGAGAGAAAGACACGAGAAGCUAGCAUCUCACUGCAUUAAACUCAUGUCUGGCCCAGACAGCUUGCGACAGAAUAUAUGCGGCUUACUCCCUAGGACCUUAAAAAGCAAGGUUGACAAAGGGAGAAUUACAAGUUAUAUUUCACCUGAGUUACAGUAUGCUUGCUGUUACUGGGUGUAUCAUCUUCAACAGAGCCAGCGGCAUGGACUUUAUUACUUUACUAUUGCACAUUCCUAA